GCAAAAUACAACAUGGCGACCACAGACAUGGAGGUUGACACCGGAGCCAAAGGAGAUGGACCAAAAGGAGAUGGAAUCAGAAAAUACUACUUGACAAAAAUAGAUGAACUACAGAUGGUUGUAACAGAAAAAGGACAGAACCUGCGGAGAUUAGAAGCUCAACGUAAUGAAUUAAAUGCAAAAGUGCGGAUGUUGCGGGAGGAGUUACAACUUCUUCAGGAGCAAGGAUCCCAUGUGGGAGAGGUAGUCAAAGCCAUGGACAAGAAGAAAGUUCUAGUAAAGGUUCACCCAGAGGGUAAAUUUGUUGUUGAUAUUGACAAAGCCAUUGAUAUAAAUGAUGUUCAGCCAAACUGCAGGGUAGCACUCCGUAAUGACAGUCACACACUUCACAAAAUUCUACCCAACAAGGUUGAUCCAUUAGUCAGUCUAAUGAUGGUAGAGAAGGUACCAGACUCUACCUACGAGAUGGUCGGAGGUCUGGACAAACAGAUCAAGGAAAUCAAAGAGGUCAUUGAACUUCCCGUUAAGCACCCAGAGCUUUUUGAUGCUCUCGGCAUUGCACAACCAAAAGGUGUUUUGCUGUAUGGGCCUCCUGGUACGGGUAAAACUCUACUAGCUCGGGCAGUGGCUCACCACACAGAAUGUACGUUCAUCCGCGUCUCUGGUUCGGAACUGGUGCAGAAAUUCAUUGGUGAAGGCUCCAGGAUGGUCAGAGAACUCUUCGUCAUGGCAAGAGAGCAUGCCCCGUCCAUCAUCUUCAUGGAUGAGAUUGACUCCAUUGGGUCGACACGUAUCGAGGGUAGCUCGGGUGGAGACAGCGAAGUUCAACGUACUAUGUUGGAGCUGCUCAACCAGCUGGAUGGAUUUGAAGCUACCAAGAAUAUCAAGGUCAUUAUGGCAACCAACCGAAUAGACAUCCUUGACUCCGCCCUCCUCCGCCCCGGCCGCAUCGACAGGAAGAUUGAAUUCCCGCCACCCAACGAGGAAGCUCGUCUUGACAUCCUCAAAAUCCACUCCAGGAAGAUGAACCUGACUCGAGGUAUCAACCUGAGGAAGAUUGCCGAGCUCAUGCCUGGUGCAUCAGGGGCUGAAGUCAAGGGCGUUUGCACCGAAGCUGGUAUGUAUGCCCUCCGAGAAAGACGAGUUCACGUGACGCAAGAAGAUUUUGAAAUGGCUGUAGCUAAGGUGAUGCAGAAAGAUUCUGAGAAGAACAUGUCCAUCAAGAAAUUCUGGAAGUAGUUGAUAUAAAUACAUAGUGAUAUUAAACUCCAUUCAUAAUACUGUUGCAAGAGGAUUUUAAUGGCCGACAGUUGAUACAGUAAUUGCCUACCAUCUUUGCUUAUAGACCAUUACAUGACCAAACAUCACCUAAAGAGAACGAGCAGACGUUGGGGUAGAUUGUGGGUAGCUUUAGACCUGAGGGUUGUGCGAAUAUGUUGCCUGUUAGCAAAGGCCAAUGUUAUAAUCUGCACAAUCAUUGUGUCAGACAUGUGCGUUUCUGCUCCAUGCUCCCAGUUUGACAACUUCUGGCUUCAAAUCUGGCAUAAGUGUUUUUACCAAAACCAAGAAAUUUUAUCUUUCUAGAGCAUUUCUUAUGUUAUAAAGGUAUGUAUUUCUGAGAAGACCGUAGUCUUUUAAGAACACAAACCUUAGUUCAAUUGUGUAACUUUUCUUGCGUACAUCAUCAAUGAAAAACUAGUUCAAUGCAACUCCUAUGGGCUUCAGUUAAUCAGUUUCUUGAAAUAAGAACUAGUACUACCAUUGUCAUUGACUGCAAAGGGAACCUGACAAGGAUUAAGAGUGUGGUGGAAUUUAACACAAAUUUCAACUAUGAAUGUUUCCUAUUGGUUUAUUUAGUGCUAUUUUCUGAAAUUUUUUGGAAAGUUUGGUCAAAAUAUAAAUGAAGAUAGCUGUUACUGGUAUCUGUCAGUUAUAUUUAUUAAAACAAAUGUACAUGAACAUGUUGCUUUGGUUCAAAGAAGAUUCAACAAAGAUAGUGGUAUUCCUACAAACUUUGUGAAUUUUAGCAUUCAACUUGCAGAAGAAUUGCACAAUUUCAUUGCACUGCUUACUGCAUAAUGUUGUCCUUGCCAUUACCAAUCUCUGCGCUAGCUACUGCUGGCUGUGUAAGCAAAAUGCUAAGUGGUACAAUAAUUCUGGCUAACCUGUGAAACAUGCUUCCGUUAUAAGUACCUCUGGUACUGAGUGCCAAUUGUUCACAUUGCAGUUAAAUUAGAGCCAUGAAAUUGAGUACAAUAAUAUCAAUGCCAAAACAUUUGUGAUCGUAUAAAAGGAUUAAUUAUAAUACAUUAAUUAAAAAUGAGUCAUGACAUUGGUGAGCAGAUUUUGAUGUAAUCUUUUGAAGCUACUGAAGUUGGUAACUUCUUCUAGUGUAUCCGUAUUAUAAAAAUCAGAAAAAGUGUACGGAGAAAACAAGUUGGGUAAAAUAAAUUACACAAGAGAAUUUGAAUAACACACACAGUUGAUUAAACAUAUUGUACAUGUAUUGUUUA